AUGUCCUGGUGGGGUAUGCCUACCUACUUACCUACUUCUUUAUUAUUAAUAUUAAUACUUUUAUCAACAGGUGAACACGAAAUGGAGUUCUGCACCGGGGAUGAAAGCGAACUACUGACUAAAAAAACAUUCUGCGACAAGGAUUCAACCCACGAAGAGUUCAUUCCUGUGGCAGACUUCCACUCCGGCUGUCUUCCGGAGAGUUAUCGGGAGAAGCAAGACGUCUUUGAUUUAAUUCAAGCUGCAAUCCAUAUUACAGUCCGUGUUGUUGUCGAAGAAACCAGCUUAGACAGACCAGAAGGAUAUACUUGCCAUAAACUUGGCAGGAGAGGUGGUCUAAAACGCUUUGGAAGCGGUUGGGUGUGGAGUUCCUUCAGAAGCUUCUCAACAAAAGACAAGGAAACAUGUCCGUGUAAGGAAUGUUUUACAAAUAAAGCGGUUGCUCGAAGUCAAUGGGGCCAGUUCAUUGUCAGGACUGCUAAACAUGUCAUCUUUGAUGAUUUUGAGGCGCAGCAUGCAUCAUGCGAGCUUAACUAUGAUUCAGAAGAUUGCAGAGGAAAGUGUGAUACAUUGUUGGGUGUAGAAGUGUUAAUGAGCGACAUUGAUGGCGAUUUCAGCGAGGUGACCUUCGUGACACAUGAUAGUGACCUUUCCCGGAAACUCGAGGCAAGGGUCAGUCAUUAUCGUAAGCUGUUUAAUAAACUGGGCAGCAAAAACAAUGCAGCCCAUGAUGCCGAAACUCAACCUGUAGUUAUCAUUUCACAUCCUCACGGGUGCAGUAAACAGAUCAGCAUUGGUGUUGUAUCUGCGGAGCGAGAUGACUACCCAAGAAAUUGGACAUACACGGCGCGUACUUGUCCGGGUUCAAGCGGGGGUCCUGUUUUACGUCUGGGUAACUGGAGUCUGCUGUCAUGUGUGCCUCCACACAGCGGGAGUAGAACGCUUGAGAUGAAUUACAGCAGCGAACCAUGGCUGUUUUGA